CCCUCCCUCGCUCACCCUCGCUCUCCCUCAUCACCCGUCACCCACCGCUGCUAUCGCCCUUCAGGCCCUCAGUUCAGCUUCUCUUGUGCUAACGACACGCCACUCUAACUUCUGGGGUGUUCUGAACUAAUAAUUCAUGAAAAGGCGUGAGGGUGGCGGCUUUCAGAUGGGCGGGGCGGGGGUGGUGCGGGUGGAGGAGCGGGAGGGGGACAGAAAUGUGGUGGUGGUGAGGAACCCCCUGCUGGUGCCCCUGUCCGUGCUGGAGGUCCUGCUCACGGCUGCCCUCUGUGCCCUCAACUACUGCUUCAGGUAUGAACCGGAACUUCGGGAGGACUCAAGCAUGAUCAACUGGGAGGGCGUGAGGUUGUCCUGCGCUGACCUGCCUCAGUUGUCUUUCCCCUACGUGAGGGAGGGCAACCACACCUCCAGCGCCUCCUUCACGUUGCCUGAGAGUGUUUUCUAUUCCUGUGCCAUCGUGGUGCCCUGCUGCCUGGUGCUGAUAGCGGAGACUGUAAGAUGUCAGUUUCCAUCAAGGCGGAUAAAACACGUGGAAAGCUGCAACAUUACUUUCCUUAUGGUCGUGCGUCGCAUCCUCCGCUUCUUACUCACCUUCGUCAUGGGCGGGGGCGGCUACGGGUCUCCUGGUGGCGGUGACGAAGCUGGCGGUGGUGGCCCCAAGACCUUAUCUGCUGCAGGUGUGUGGUUCUUUGGGGCCCGAGGAGGUGUGCGAGGCGGGGGACUACACCUGGGCGCCCGAGCAGGUGUGUGAGGGAAGCAGUGAAGAGUUACAUGAAGCACUUAGAGCCUUCCCAUCCUACCACGCCGCCCUUGCCGGCUACAGUGGCGUGUGGGCGUGGUUGUACGUGGGCGCUGCAGGGCGUGUGCCGGGCGUGUAUGGCGGGCAGUUGGUGGCGGCAGGCAGCGUGGUGGCAAUGAUGCUGCUCGGCGCCACCCACGGCCUGCGCACAUACACCAGCUCCUUCCUCGACGUGACGGCAGGAGUGGCAAUAGGAACUGUGGCUGCCUUGUUUGUGGUGUACGGGCUUACCAACGGGUUCAAGGAGCGUAAGUGGAGGACGAGGCUGUUAAUUGAGAAGGGACGAGUCGGAAAUGGCAAUCUUCUUCCUCUAAAACCUCUUGGUGGUUCCCCGAAUUUGAAGGCGUCGCAGGAAGUUCAAGGAGCUGGAGCUUGGCGAGAUGGAGAGCUCAGAUUCAGAGAGCUCAGAGGAAGGAAGCUUGCGAGGCAUCUUCAUCGACCUCCUUCCCCAUCAUCCCCAGGGGCUACCACACUCCCCAGCAGGGCACUCAAUCGAAGGACUUCCAACCACACCCGCGUAACAGCACAGGCCGGUCAACCCCAGAUUACAGCCUUACAGCGCCGCCCCUGAGCCGUCAACACCACCACCACCCACCUCCACCGCCACCACCACCGCCACCGCCACCACCACCACCGCCACCACCUGUACCACCGCUGCACACCCCCUCCGGCCCUCCCCCCCCAGCUACUCCCAACGUGAGCGCCUCGACCCAUGGACCAUUGACAGUCAAUAUAAUAUUCCUAGGCAAAGGUACUCGGCCCCCGCCCCGACUCCUCGCGCCCCUGCAUACGAACCUUUGCCCCGCUCGCAGACCCACAGGACGCUCCAGCCCCUGUCCAUCUACUCCACGCGGCGCCCCAACAGUGGUCAGCCUCGUGCCCUGGCGGAGACCUCAUCUUACUUCUGAAGGGCUUGAUCCUCUUGUCUGUAGAUCAUUUUAGUCUUUUUUUUUUCUUUUCCUCUUUUUUCCUUUUUUUUUCAUUGUUUGUUCUCCUUCCUCACAUCUACUCUUCUACUUCAGUCCAUUAGUUUUUCUUUCCUGUUUUUUUCUUCUUCUUUUCCUUCUUUUCUCCUUUUUUUUCUAUUUUUCUUCAUUUCCUCAUUCUGCCUGCCUAGUUCAUUCAUCCUUCACUCCUUCAUUUUUAUCCUCUUCCCUUUCGUUAUUUUUUUCCCCUCAUAUUAAGAUCCUCAUGCAAAUCUUGUUAUCUAUUUCUUUAUUCCAUUUUCCUUCUCUCCUCCUUUUCUUCCUCUCAUCCUACGCACCUCACAGACCUCAAAGACUUAACUUUCCCCUUCUCCUCCUCCUGCUCAUUCUCUCAUCGCCUCCUCUCACCCCACCCCCCGCUGCAUUCUCUUCCCCAAGGGUGUGGCCUGCGUCAGGAGAUGUAUACGCCACGCCAGGACCUGCUAUUCCCCACCCUCCCUUCCCCACCCAUCAGCCCCACACCUGCACUCCCCAGCUCCCCUCGCCUCUCGCUCGCUCCCCCAGCUUCCAGACCCCUUGAGGUAGCAGUACUGUUACUCUGGCCUUCCUGGAGUUUACUGGAGUUGUAUAUGUACUGGUAGUAACACACACACACACACACACACACACACACACACACACACACACACAUAUAUAUAUACAGUCAUUCAGUAAUGGUAAUACUGAUGUACUUGUUUCAGAAUGUGUAUAUAGUGUAAUGACUAAAAGUAUGAUAUGUAUGGAUUGUUUUGAGGUCUGACAGUAUGAUUUGUGAAUAUAUGAUUGUUUUGUUAAUAAAGGACUUGUUGGUUAA